UUGGCGCGCCGGGCGGGCUGGGGAGUCCUGAUUCUCCGAACUGCUCUCUGCGUUGUCUCCGCUUUUGGAUAUCUUGCUGCUCGUCGACCGCACCAUGACUCUGGAAGAAAUCCGCGGCCAGGACACAGUUCCCGAAACUACAGCUAGGAUGCAGGGCGCCGGGAAAGCGCUGCACGAGCUGCUGCUGUCUGCACAGCGCCAGGGCUGUCUCACCGCCGGCGUCUACGAGUCCGCCCAGGUCCUGAACGUGGACCCUGAUAACGUGACCUUUUGCGUGCUGGCUGCGGACGAGGAGGACGAGGGCGACAUCGCGCUGCAAAUUCACUUCACGCUGAUCCAGGCGUUCUGCUGCGAGAACGACAUCGACAUCGUGCGCGUGGGAGACGUGCAGCGGCUGGCGGCGAUCGUGGGCGCCGGCGAAGAGGCGGGCGCGCCGGGCGACCUGCACUGCAUCCUCAUUUCGAAUCCCAAUGAGGACUCGUGGAAGGACCCUGCACUGGAAAAGCUCAGUCUGUUCUGCGAGGAGAGCCGGAGCGUUAACGACUGGGUGCCCAGCAUCACCCUUCCCGAGUGACAGGCUGGAGCAGCGGGAGGACCUUGGUCUCUGAUCGACGUGGUGACGCUCCGGGGCGCCUAGCACGCUGCUGGCUCUGCGGAGGGGCCCUCGGAGGGCGCCCGCCCGAGUGCGCGCGCGCGCGGCGUGGAGACGGCAGGCCCGCGGGGCGCCGGGAGAGCGAGCGAGCGAGCGAGGACGCGGCGCCCCAGGCGGGGGCUCGGCGGCGGCGGCGGCCGCGCACGGAACACUCUCCAACCCAGGACUCUGCACUGCACGUGUCCCCGAACGGGGCAGCUCGCACUGGAAGGCCGAGGCUGGGACGUAGGUCGCCGGGCCAGGAAGGACUUGAUUGGCCGGAUACCCUCGGGACUCAGCCGCCGGUGCUCUGGGCUGGAAGGAGGGAAAAGGCUGGGGAAGGCGCGGCGCGCCGAGGCCUGGACUUGGUACGGCGGCGGCGGCAGUGAUGUCGGACUUGGCCGGCUGGCACGACUUUUUUCAGGACGAAUCUGGGCAUUGCUUCCUUUUUGUUUUGUGUUUCUUUUCUCUCAAGGAUGCUGUCAUUGAAGUUUUGAGUUCUGCAAUAAACUUAC